UCCCUCCCCAUCCACCUCAGCAAACUUCAGAAACGGGCGCUGCGUGUAGCCUAAUCAUUUUGGGGAACUUGAUUUUGGCUUCCUGAUUGCACACGUUCCGCUCUGUCGCCUGUUUGCGCCUACUGAUCGCGUUCGUUCCGCUCCAUGAAACCGCUGUGCGAGUCUGUAGCAGAUUUUAAGUUCAGGUUUCUGUUAAUCGAAGGAGGGUUGAGGUGAGGUGCGACUGUGUUGUGAUAAAUCUAUCAGAAAGUUCUUCAAUCGGCCCGGUCUCCAUCAACAUGUCGUCGCUGCCCAAGCAACUACGAGACGAGAGUGAUUUUGACCAGCUUCCACACAACAUUCCCAUCAGUGCCACCAUCGCAGACAUUGAGGAGAAAAAGGGUUUCAUCCACUAUUAUCGUUUUGUGAUGGAGGUAAGGACCAGAGGUGGUAGUAAGUACCUGGUCUACCGGAGGUACAGCCAGUUCUUCAACCUGCACAGUGAGCUGGAGCUGAAGUAUUCACCUGGUGACCAGGACAUACCUGGACCUAACACCUGCAGACUGCCCACCCUGCCUGGUGAGAGGGCUGGGGGCUGGAGGGUGGCGCGGCCGGCGGGCGCCGCCGGUGCCGGCGGCGGGGCGGCGGCCGCGGGCCCCGGCCGCGGCGCCCGGGGCGGGGGGGCGCGCGCGCCUGCCGGGCCGGGCCGCAUGCCGUCCUUUUCGGAUGGGACGUUAAAACGCGGUGGUUUCCUGACUCUCUGA